GAUGUUUUAAUAAUAACUUGUCAAUCAUCUACCUUAUUUGAUGGCAUUAGAUAAAUCUAAAGAUCUUGAAUCAAUUGGUUAUUAUCUUUCUGAACAUUUAAAAGUUGCAGGAGGAUAUUGGACAAUUAAUGCAAUAGCUUGUCUAAAUAAAUUAGAUGAUAUUAGUCAAGAGAAAAAGCAACAAUUAUCAAAAUGGCUUAAGGAAUGUUAGAAUUAAGAUGGUGGUUUUGGUGGUAAUACAAAUCAUGAUUCUCAUAUAACAAAUACACAUUAUGCUAUUUUAUUAAGCUUUUUAUUGGGAUGUGAAUUAGAUUAUGAGGCAGCAGCUAAAUAUGUAGCAGCUAGAUAGAGAUAGGAUGGAUCAUUUGAAGGAGAUUAAGUAAGUAUUAUUAAAAGCAUAUUAUAGUGGGGAGAAGUAGAUGCAAGAUUUUCAUAUUGUGGUUUAUCAUCUUUAACAUUAUUAAACAAAAGAGAUUUGAUAGAUGUUAAAAAAGCAGCAAGUUAUAUAAAGAAAUGUAGAAAUUUUGAUGGAUCAUUUGGGGGAAUGUAUUUAAUAAAUUGAAUUAUUUUUAGUCCAGAUGCAGAAUCUCAUGGAGCAUAUGUUUUUUGUUGUGUUGGAACACUCUAUUUAUGUGAAGAUCUUUCUUUUAAUAUUGAUGAAUUAUCAAUGUGGAUACAUGAGAGAUAAACUAGUAAAGGAGGGUACAGUAAUUAUAUAUGUUGUAGAUUGAAUGGAAGACCUGAGAAAUUGGCUGAUGUUUGUUAUUCUUGGUGGAUGUAUAGUGCAUUAUGUUUAUUAAAAAGAGAACAAUGGAUAAAUUAAUAAGCAUUAGAAAAUUAUAUACUUGAGGUAUAUAUCUUAAUAAUUCAAUAUAAAUAGUGUUAAGAUAAUGUUGGUGGAAUAGCUGAUAGACCAAAUAAUCAACCUGAUGUUUUUCAUACAUUCUUUGGUUUGGCAGCAUUGUCAUUGUUAAAUGGUGAUAAAUAUCAAUUGAAUCCUAUUGAUCCUGCAUUUGCACUUCCAAAAUCAAUACUCAUUAAUAUACCUGGAGCGAGCAGAUUUAUUUAAUCUUGA